AUGUCAUCAUCAGUGGCCCUGGUGGAGACGCUGUUGGCGCCGGAGCUUAGGCCGAAGAGGGCAUCCUCACCGCGACACUGCAGCGCCUUACGGGAGAGAUCCAGAUGCGUGUCAUUGUCUGAUGGCACCGUGACAGUGCCGCCGACCAGCAGUGCCCGUGGCAGCAUCAUCAUCAUCAUCACAUCCACAUGGCAGGAUCAAGAUCGCAGAAAGAAGCGAGCGGACGUUGGGUCCUUGCCGGCCAUCUCUGCGCCGUACAAGAAAGGGCAUAGAAGAUGCCCGGCCACGGCAGCCGCCAACUGGGGCUAUGGAAAGAAAAAGUGGAAGGGAGGAAGCAGGAACCCAAGGUCGAAGCUGUUGUUGACAUCCGGCAAGUGGAGGGAGAAUCUCGACCAUUUGCUGGAAAACGAAGUGGAAGCUGCAGGUGACAAUGCAGACGCUGCAGGCACCACAGGCACGAGUGUCACCACCCCUCUGCUAGUGGCUCAGGUACCCCAAUCAGCACCUGCAGCGGCAGUGGUACCUGGGGCUGUACCCUCACCGACUAGCGGUACCUCCCAGUCUUUGUGGAUUUCAGCCAGAACUGGAAAAGAGAAGCCGUCCAAGCCGCCCUUGCACCUGCUGCCCUUGACGAAAUACAACUCCAACGAUGACGUGAAUCGCAACAACAAGUGGGAGGAAGUCCCCGGCUUUGACGGCGACAGCCGGGAUUUGCAGCCCGUGCCAGCCUCAGCCUAUUGGUUAUCAACUUCUUCUCCGCCGUCACUGCUUGCUCAUCCUUCGCCUCUUUCUUCACCCGCGUCGAAACCCAGACUUCAGCUUCAACUAAGCGUGCAUAAACUCAAGGGCUGGCCAGAACGUGGACGAUCCACAACAAUCCGACGGAAACGAGGAUGGAUCAAGUGGCAGCAGCAGCAGCGGAAAAAGGGACGACGCCGUCUUACUGUUGGAGAAAAAGGUCCCCUACCCCCCGUGCCAAUUUCCCCCUCCUCCUCACCAUCCUCAGAGCCGGCGCACCCCUCGCCCACCACCACGACACAACAGCAACAUCAUCCCAAGCGAAAGCAGACGCAGACGCAGAAGCAGGCGCACUCGUACCUGGGCCUGGACGUGCAUCUCAAUCUGCACACAAACCACCACUCAAACUCUCCUGCCCUAGUGCGGUUCCUUGUCUCGGCCACUGCCACGGACUGUGCAAAGGUCGAUGUGAUUAAUGAGACACGCAAUUGGCUUGAACAAUUAUUCAAAGACACGAUCGGCGACACCACCGCCCGGGAACGGGAACUCGCACACGGCCAGGACCAUCACCACUCUUUCUUGCUACCACUGCCGCUUGUCUCUGGGUGGCACCAUAGCCCGUUCGAUCUCGCAACCGGUUACGGCUGUCAACCCGUCAACGGAGCCGAAGAACGACCCCGCUCACCCCGGCACGCGCAAGCUGAACAAGCGGCUUCGGUGCAUAUUAAGGAUCAGGAGGGCCUUGCUCUUGACAAGGGAUCUAAUUUGAACGAAACCAAGGGCAUUAAAAACAACACCACUGGGGCUGGCGGCUUGGAUUCACAAACUUUGCAAACCUCGGUGCCACGAGUAGACACGGGAGCCGACAGUCGAACCCUUGCCGAACGGUGCAAGCUGGAGACCAACAUGUUCAUGGACCACCACCAUCAGGCCUCAGCUGUGCCGCCCUCGCCCGCCCUCUCUCACUCUUCUUUCUCCCUUAGAGGCAGAAAUCGAGUUUUUGGAAAACUACCUUUUCUCUCGCGCAGUCGCAACCCGGAAAGUCCAACCCAUAUCGAGAUCGCCUCUCCAAUCUCCCCUUUGCAACCAGAACCUCCAACUUCAACUUCGCCAGUUUCCCCGGCCUCCUCCAUGGGUGCCCCGAUUGACAAGACCCGAUCCAGGAGUGGGGAUGCGAAGACGUAUGCUGGCUCUGGAGGGCGCGGCAUUGUUCCCCUUCAAGAUGAGGUGCCAAGGGGGGCCGUUAAUGGCGCUGACAGACGCGUUACCGUUCGCUGUAAGGGCGUGACGGUGGAUCUCAAGGUUGAGGUUGACACUACUACUGUGGACAUCUUGUUGGCUUAUGCCGGCAAGACAGGCCUUCUCGUCAAUGUCAACACCAGCAUGGUCAUCGAGGCGUAUACCCCCCUGGGUCUCGAGCGACGCCUUCGUCGCUAUGAACGUAUCCGUGAUGUAUUGAACACAUGGGAUCAAGACAUGCAGAACGUUUUGAUUAUCCAGACCGAAAACGAUCGCAGCGACGAGAACCUAGACCUCGCCAGUGUUCCUCGCGAACAAAAGAUACCUACUGGCUUUGUCCUUCCACUUCAGCACUCUCAUAGGCCCGGGAAAUGGACCAAGCGUUAUAUCACAUUGCUAGAAAACGGGCAAUUGGUUUCGUCCAAGAAGCCCGACGCAAAACUCUCAGACAAGGACGUCUUGAGCAUCUGCCAUCUAUCUGAUUUUGACAUCUACAUGCCGACCGAAGCACAGAAACGAAAGGAGCUCCGACCACCCAAAAAAUAUUGCUAUGCAAUCAAAAGCCAGCAGAAAGCCACGAUUUUUUUGUCGGCGGAUAAUUUUGUCCACUACUUCAGUACCGAGGACGCCGCGGUCGCCCGUCAGUUUUCCGCUCGCGUCCAAGCUUGGCGAAGCUGGUAUCUGGUUAACAAGGUAUUGCAGCUGCAUAAGAAAAUGCAAGAGCGAGAAGUGGAGAAACCGCCUCAGCUCUCUUCGGCGCCGCACAAACCAAGAAGGGCAGUCAACGAUGUCAAUGCGGAUGACCACAAGAUCAAAGCUUCAGUCGACGAGUCUUCUUACCCGAUCGGUACAUUCAAGCCCCUAAUCGACCUGUCACGUUUCGACAAGCCCAUCGAUGAGUUUGACAAGGACUGGAAAGCCGACCGAUCCAGACAGCAGGCCUCCCAACAACCACCAUUACAACUCCAGAAAGUCAGAAAAGCUACACAAGAAGAGAUAGAAGCACCAUUUGGCACGAGUGGUCUGCUUGGGAACAUAUAUGAAGAACGAAAACUUGCGCAGAAGGAAGGGGAGAGAAAGAAACUGGAGGUCGUUACCGACCAACCUUUUACCGAUCGACCCAGCCUUCUGAAUGGCGGAUUGGUAACCUCGCCAACUGAGGAGACCAGACAGCACGAUGGACGAUGCGAACCAAAGGCAUGGCUUCCUUCGACACUUGAUCACACCGCCACCCAGCGUAGCACAAGAGCACCCUCUGUUCGUCGUAGUGCUCCAUCUCAUCAGUCGCCGCCAUCUCAGUACGCUCCCUCACAAUAUGCGCCAUCACAGUACGCACCGUCCCAGCACGAGCGUGGGCGUGAAACCCAUCGUCGUCAGCAACCGAACCAGCAACUGAAGCCCAGUGCGCCUCUUGUCGACCUAACUCCGAAAUUCGUUGAACCACCCCAAUGGUCGCGCGAAGGUUUGGGACGAGGUGUGCGGGCUCCAGAAGGCAUGCCGUUGGUCGACAUGGCUACAGGACCCCAAUUGGCUCCCGGUGCCAAACCCCUCGACCUGCCACCCCGAACACUUGUUAGGCGGGAACCGAGCACGCGAACCUCUGCUUCUCGACCAGGAACUAGUGCAGGUAGUGUCCGAGCCGUUAGUCGGGCUUCCUCGGUGCGUGACAGGAUGAUGAGUCCAGACGGGACGUCUGGGGGCAUGAGGAGCAUAUCAGGAUCGGCUUUUCAACCACCUGUACCUCCUCUACCCGGCUCAGUCCUAGGCUACGGGCCGAACCAUCCGCCCCCCUCGUCCAAAGGUAGAAAUACAGAUGGUUACCGUUCCCGUUCGUCGUCUCGUGGGCCACAACCCCAAUCCAAGCGAGGUUCUCCUCCGUCCUCUGGGUAUGAAGACGAUCGUCACCGGACGUUUUCCUUGAGAAACCAGCCACAUCCGCUACUAUCGUUCGAUGAGGCCCUAGAAGAACCGCGAGGUCUCCUUGGACAGACAGACAGAAGCUCCAAUGUCUCCGUGCAACGAGCACAGAGUGUCCGAGUGGGCAGUUCAUCGCGCCGCGCAAGGAAUGGGAGUACUUACAAUUAUUGAUUAGCAUAUUCCUAUGGGUUUGAAGGGCUUUUUCCUUGGAACUGUAUAACGACUACUUAUCAUGAUUUGACGCCGUUCACGAGUUUCUUACCGGUUCUUAAACGAUGUAUGGGCAUCUGGUUUCUGUUUGAUUAUAUUGUGCUGUCCGACAACUCAUGUAAAGGAUUUUUGGUUGGUCACUGAAGGUACGAACGGGAAGUCACGGCUUUCUGAACAGUUAUGGUGGACUUUACUAUCUGAGCAUGAUGUUCUUCUAAUACUAAUGCUUUGAACAUUUAAAUCCUAAUCUACAGCACCAUUUUGUGCUGCUCUUCACUAGAUUCACGAUGCUAGGAAUGCUGCGGUUAACUUUGAGUAGUC